AUGUUAAUUAUUUGGAAUAUUAAAGUAAGGAAGGAAUUGCAUGGAACUCUAAAUAAAGACCCAGUUUAUUAGGUCUAAUUUUAUAACUAAUCAGAGGAAAAGAUGAUUGCAGUGUUAAAUACUGGAGUUUAGAUUUUAACAAUUGACAAAUUAAAUAAAAAAAGUAUUGAUAAUUAGCAAUACAAGUAGUUCUUGUAUGA